AUGAGCAACAUCACAACAGAACCUACAAAAAGCCGACGGCAAAAUAAAGGGCUCGCCUGUGAAGAAUGUCGUUCACGUAAACUCAAGUGCGAUAUGAGCCAGCCGCAAUGUAGCACCUGUCGCAACAUGGGUGUACCAUGCAUUACAAAUACGGCGCGGCGGCCACGAGGCCCGAGGAAGGGUCAUGUCAAUGUACUUAGAUCGCGAAUCGGUGGGUCGUACUUGUGUGAAAAGUUGCCUGAUAUUUCCGCUAAUCUGAUCGUGCGAAGUACAGCAUCGCUUGAGCGCCAGUUAUAUGAGAAUUCCGAGGCCCAGCCGAGUAGGCGAGAAAACUCAACAUCUACCCGACAAGCUUUGGAGGUAGACCAAGUAGUAAAGGUCGAUCUUAAUGAAAUUGAAAGGGUCAGCAUGGUACAUUCGCAAGGCUCACCAGAUGAUUUCUUCCCGGACACGCAGUCAAUUGGACUGCCUAAAUGGCCAUCGGUAAUCCCUUCAUUGGAAUUGGAUAGCGAAUGCGCUAACCCCAUCAAGCAAUAUACCCACAUCGAUGUCAACUUCAUGUCCGAUCGACGCCAGCAUAAGGCCACUGGAACUGGGCUCCCAGGCGAUGACACCGCAGUUUCUGCCAGUUCACCUUCCAGUUCAGCUGUCACCCCUAGAGCGCGCAGAUCUAUUAAACGCAAAGAUGAACUAACUUGCGGUCACAGGGACGACCUUUUCUUCGACCGCGCCUACCCCUUCGCUCCCAUUGUUCAUCAGCAGCGGUACUACGCGCGGGCAACCCACGAGUCAGACGCAAGAGAGCCCUUAACAUCCUUACAAUAUGCCAUACGAACGCUGGCGGCGUCAAUGGGUACCCAGUUCCAGGGUGUCCUACCCCUUUUGUACACUCAUACCUGUUGUUUAUUGGACGUGUGGGAGCAAAAAAUGCCGAACGAGGCUCUUCCCAUCGAAGUGGUCCAGGCGCGACUGCUCCUUGUCCUCUACGAGAUCCUAAAGAGUAACCCCAGUAAGGGCUGGAUUAGCGCUGGUCGCUGCUUUCAUCUGGUUCAUCUCGUGAAACUUGAUCAGAUUGACAACCCCAACAGUUGGCAGACAUCAAACCUCUCUUGGAUUGAGGUCGAGGAGAGACGGAGGACAUUCUGGACAGCGUAUACGCUCGAUCGUUACGCGAACCUCGUAAACGGCCUGCCGUUGGCCAUGAACGAUCAAAUGGCAAAGACUGCAUUUCGACAUCAACAGGCUGUUACGACCGAAUAUCUAGCCCCGGCUAUAGCGAAAAAGGGCGAUCAGCAGCUAUCACCCUACGCGAAGUCGAUAGUCAUGCUCACCAUCCUCGCACGUUGCCUCUCUCACAGAAACCAGUGCAACGUAGAGCGUAUCCUUGAUCCCACAUCCCAGGAAUGCAUCGUACGUCAUCGAGCACUUGACACAAUAUUGAGCCACGAGAUCCAGACGUCAUUGUCCAGCGCCGCUGCCGGUUUCGAGCCGUGCGACCCCACAUUCCUCUUUACCAACAUGCUGGCACAAACGGCGGUCUUAGUGCUUUUCACUGCUUUGGACUCGGUGCCCGAAGUCGCAGAAAUGUACCAGGACAUGUACGGAAGCUACGAGACCAAGGCUUCUAUGGCGACGGAAAGGGUCCUCAGCCAGGCACAAAAGCUGUCGCAAGUAGGAUCCUUCAAGGCAAGCCUGGUUUCUCACGAGUACUCGAGCAUUUCUGAUAAAAGAAAUUAG